CUCUUUAGCUAGCACCAGCGUAGUGCUCAAUGGAAACCAAACCCUCCAACGGCUCGCCGGCGAAGUUCGUCGAUCAAUUAGUGGUUCCGGGUGAUGUGAUUCUUGAUCUCUCUACCAUGGCUGAACAGACUAUAAAGCUCGGCGGCGGCCUCCGCCAGGAUUGUGAUGCAAUAUCAGUUAUCAAAGCUGGGAUACUGAGGUUCUCAAAGCCAAAUAAGUAUUGGGUUGAAAGCUCUCAGAAAAGGUAUGUGCCUUGCGCUGAGGACUCUGUACUUGGAAUAGUGGUGGACUGUAAACCAGAUAACUUUCUUGUGGACAUAAAAGGACCUUCUGUGGCAUUUUUGCCCGUGCUUGCAUUUGAAGGAGGGACUCGGAGGAACAUACCCAGGUUUGAGGCAGGUACUUUGAUAUAUGUUCGAGUGGUGAAGGCAAAUACUGGAAUGAACCCAGAGCUGUCAUGUGUUGAUGUCCUGGAAACUCUUGGAAAGAAGCUCCCCUUUGAGAUAGCAGUUGGGUUAAAUGGCAGAGUUUGGGUCAAUGCCGGUUCUCCAUCGAUCGUCAUUGUUGUUGGUAAUGCUAUCAUGAAGUCAGAGUCUUUGACUAAGGUUCAACAGAAAAUUAUGGCAGAGAAGUUGCUGCAGAGGGUUCAGCAGGAAUGA